AUGGUGGAGAAGGAGGAGACCUCGGAGAAUUGGUUGUGGGGAGGGUGUGCUUGGGUGGGGGUGGGUGGUGAACGCACAAGCUGGAUAGAUAGGUGGCACCACCACCGUCAGCCCUCCUUGCUGCAAUCCUUGCCUUUAUCUCAUUCGUCAUAGUUCGGCUCUGGGGUCCUGUGGUGUAGAAACCUAAACCUGUGUGUGUAUGUCAAGUUAUUUUGUGUACUUGUCUUCUUGUGGUCACGAACUUGCCGUGUUGUUUGGAGACAAGGACUGCUGUCUACCUCGACCAUCUUUCCCAGCGGGUGUGACGUUCUGGAGUCAGUUUAGUAUGCUUGUCUUGUUUUUUGUGUCACUUUUGGCGCCGCUGACUGUUGCAGUGAUUUGACUGUAUUUACCAUUGGGCCGACUUUAGAAGCAGUCUUGAUUGGUGAAAGUGUGGACU